AUGGGUUAUUUAAUACCGACAAGAUUUUCAUUGCUGGUAAUAUUUUUUAUCUAUCUAUCUAUCUAUCUAUCUAUCUAUCUAUCUUGGUAUCUUCAUGCCUAUCUGUCUCUCUGGGUCUCUUCAUAUCUAUCUAUCUAUCUAUCUAUCUAUCUUGGUCUCUUCAUAUCUAUCUAUCUAUCUAUCUAUCUAUCUUGGUCUCUCCAUGUGUAUCUGUCUCUCUUGGUCUCUUCAUAUCUAUCUAUCUAUCUAUCUAUCUAUCUAUCUAUCUAUCUUGGUCUCUUCAUGUCUAUCUGUCUCUCUGGGUCUCUUCAUAUCUAUCUAUCUAGCUAUCUAUCUCAGUCUAUUUAUAUCUAUCUACCUCAUAAAACUUACGCAUAUUUAUCUAUCUAUCUAUCUAUCUAUCUAUCUAUCUAUCUAUCUAUCUAUCUAUCUAUGCUUAUAUCCUUCUUUGUCUGUUUUUCUCGUCAUAGUUCUUUCUUCUGUUUUUCUCGUCCUAAUUCUUUUUCUGUUUUUUAUCGUCCUAGUUCAUUUUUCUGUUUUUCUCGUCCUAGUUCUUUUUUCUGUUUUUCUCGUCCUAGUGCUUUUUCUGUUUUUUAUCGUCCUAGUUCUUUUUUCUGUUUUUCUCGUCCUAGUUCUUUUUCUGUUUUUUAUCGUCCUAUUUUUUUUUUCUGUUUUUCUCGUCCUAGUUCUUUUUCUGUUUUUUUCUCGUCCUAG